AUGGAGUCUUCAAGGUUAGUUAUUCUCUUAACGUUGUUAUCGUUUUAGGCCUAGAUACUUCUUGAAGCCUCGCGUCGGCGACAGUGACAGUGAAGGUGAUGUCUACAAUCGACCGGUCGUUACGCCCAAGAAAGCUCGUUUAGUAAAGACUCGUACCAAACUUACAGUACCUUCAAUCAUGGUCAGACAUUGGGCGUUGGGACUGGUGGUACUGGCAGUAGUGCACUUGUACGGCAACUUGUUCUUGUUCAAUCUACUGGUCGUAUAUCCGAAGGAUUUGGUUGUGCUGCCUCAACGGUUCCAAAGUGAGUUAUGGCAUUACUUUUGA